AUGGACCAGCGGCGGCUGUCCAGUGUCUCCCUGAGGGACGCAGCGCGAUCGUCAUCGUCUGGCCGAUACAAGCCCCUCACAACAAGCAAUGGCAAUGAGCCGCUUGUGAAGCUUUCACAGACUCCUCACUCGCCUCUGCCACACUCCUCGGCGCGAACGCUCUCCCAUUCCUACCGACCCCGCGAUCAAACACCGCACCAUGACCCAACUGCCUAUCGCUCUCCUAUUCCCCGAAGAACUACAAGCAUAGCGUCUUUAAAAGACGACAGGCGCCUGUCGACUCCGUCAUUGCAAAAACGGCUCUCUAUCACCUCGCUACGCUCCGUACGAAACUGCAGUUCUCCGUGCCCUGGCGCGUCCAGGAGGUCCUCCAUAAACAUGGCAGCAAUACCCAGAUCGCCCUCCGCCAUGUCAGAGAGCAUUUCACCGUCGCCGCCGCAUACCGCUUUGUCAAUCGCAGCAGAUCACUUUGCGAGAGAACUCGCCCUCCAUCAAUCCACGAAUUUGCACUCGCAGACCGUUGUGCUUCUUCAUGAUUCAUGCUUUGGCCACCGUUAUGCGCGACCAAGAACUUCCAAGGCUGGCUUGGAAUCUAUCGUUGAACGUCCAGAACGUUUACACGCGGGCAUAUUGGGGGUAGCUGCAGCAUAUGUUCGGAUGGGGAAGAGAUGGGGAGACAAUCCUUUCGCGCCGCAUCCUGAUUCUGAUGUGCACUCCAUACCAACUCCUCCGUUCCAAAUUCGUAAAACGACGCGCUCGGUGUCACUAAACUCUGCAGCUGCCACGCAUAUCCACGGAACCAAAUGGAUGGGAGAGCUGACAGCGAUGUGUGAGGCAGCCGAAUCGCGAUUGGCGAUGAAUGGCAAAGAGCUUGUUCGCCCAAGCAGCUCCGCAAGUAAUGCCUCAAGUUCAACAGCGAAGUUGCAUGAGGGUGAUCUCUACCUUUGUCCAGAGUCGCAAGCUGCGUUCGAGGGUGCAUUGGGGGGCGUCUGCGAAGCUAUUGAUGCCGUCUUUGCGCCCGACGCGACCCGGCGCGCAUUUGUGUGUAUUCGGCCUCCAGGGCACCAUUGUUCUUCGAACUACCCGUCUGGAUUUUGCUGGAUCAAUAACGUACAUAUUGGCAUAAUGCAUGCGGCCAUGACCCACGGCCUAACACAUGCUGCGAUAAUCGACUUUGACCUACACCAUGGUGAUGGAUCCCAGACUAUUACGUGGGAACAAAACGAAAGAGCUGCAUCAGCAUCCAAAAAUGCCGCCUCGUUCAAAAAAACUAAGAUUGGCUAUUUUAGUCUACACGAUAUCAACUCAUAUCCAUGCGAAGAUGGGGACCCGGUUAAGGUCAUAAAUGCCAGCGCUUGCAUUGAGGAUGCUCAUGGUCAGUCUAUCUGGAAUGUGCAUCUCGAACCGUGGCAAGAUAUGGAUGAGUUUUGGAAGUUGUACAACACGAAAUACAUAAUUCUUUUGGAGAAGGCAAGGCGCUUUCUACGUUCCCAUUCCGAGUAUUUAAGUAGUCUUUCGCCCUCUAUACAACCGAAAACCGCAAUUUUUAUUUCUGCGGGCUUUGAUGCUAGUGAAUGGGAAGGGGCUGGAAUGCAGAGACACAAAGUUAACGUCCCCACAGAUUUCUACGCUAGAUUUACUGCCGAUAUUGUCAAGCUUGCUGAGGAGGAAGGUCUGAAUGUUGAUGGGAGGAUAGUCAGUGUUCUUGAAGGAGGAUACAGUGACAGAGCCCUUACCAGCGGCAUUUUUAGCCAUAUUUCCGCCCUCUCGGAUACGAGAGGCCCCGAGAGAAAAGAUAGUCCUAGUGGACUUGCUGCUGGGCUUAGCCGUCUUAUGCUAAGCGAUGAAAAUGCUGAUACUGUUAGCGAGAAGGCCGGUAACGCCACAAGGUUCGACUCCGCGUGGUGGAGUGUUCCCUUUUUGGAAGAGUUAGAAGCCAUUUCUCAACGCCCGCCCCCUCCGCAGAUCCGCAAACCCCGUGAGAAAGGUCAACCCAGCUUUUUGGCCCAUACACAAGCAUCAGCUGCAAAAGCCCUCACUCCAAUUCGGGAUCGAGUUUCAUCUCUUCCCCACCACCUAUUUUUGGAUGACCCCUCGGUUCCUGAGGUUGAUUGGGCUCUUGCUGCGGUUGAAUUGUGGAAAGCCAUGAUACCAACCGACAGACAAACAUUUAGUUUCAAGCAUACUGAACUGAAAGUCGAGAACCCUCGGACUAAACGGGAGAGACAUUCAACCACAGGGUCUGACCUUGAAAGUGUGUCUGAGCGCAGCCAUAUGCAGCUUCGAGAAAGAAAGCCAAAAAUCGCAGCUCUUCAAGAAGAAGCACGAAAUACAAGGCCUGCUUCUAGGUCUACUCGUCGGACAACUAUUGCGUCAUCUAAGGAUUUGCCUGACUGCCCUGAUUCUAAAACGUCAAUUCAUAUACCCGAAGCGGUUAAUCCGUUAGAAAGGGUACCAAGCUUAGCUUUAAGCGUAGUUUCUGCAGUUACUUCAACACCGAAGAGUACUCCUCCUCGUAAAGCUCGUGAACCAUCGGUGCGUCCAGCAAGCAAGGCACCGGUUCAGCCACCAAGACUUGGUACCUCUAGUGGCUUAACGGUUCAAAAACAAAGGGCAAUCAGUUCGACAAGAGUGACCGGUGGUGGUCGAUCCAGCGACAAAAUCCCCUGUCCACCAGCUCUUGACAACAGUACUUUAAUUUCUCCGAUGGCAACGUCGAAUACGGCGACUCUUCCUGAUGAUAUUGAGAAAAUCUUGCGUGGCGUGAAAAAGAUUAACCUCAAAGCUCCAAGCCCAGAGGUGCAUGCUGCUCUGGAAGCCGCCAGGCUUACUAAAGAACGCAAAAAGGUGGUAACGAAACCUCAGAAGAAGCCAGCAGCUAAAACAGCAAGGCAACCCGCACCAAGGCCUACCUCGAGAGUUCCCCUACCCCCAACUUCUUUGCAGCCUCCAGAAGUGACUUUGAAACCCGAUAUUCCCGAUGCGUGCAUGGUUCCCCUUCCUGCUGAAUCAAACUCGGCUUCGCCAGCGAAAACCCCAAUCACAGAUGUUCAUUCUACCGCUAAAAGCCUCGAGCACCAUCAACUUGUCGAGCAAGAGUCUUAUUUCUCCCCGCCUCUUACUCCAACAUCGCCAAUCGCCCAUAGACAAAUAACAACCCAAUCUGCUGCCCCAACAGCGUACACAAGAGAGAACCUCCCUAUUUUCACAUCAACUUCGGCUAUUCCAUUUGCUCCUUCUGCCAAAGAUCAGGAUAAGUCUGCUUCGUAA